AUGAACAAGUUUCUUCUCCUGGGCUUUUCUGCUCUGCUCUUCUCUGCAGUUGCUGAAGGCCUGAUGUGCAAAGUGUGCAAGUACAGAAUGGGCAGCCUCUGCUGGGCCUCGGGCGACCCCUGCCUAGCUGAUGAGGGGCAGUUCUGUGAGACCACGAGAGUAUACGCAGGUGAUUUUUUGAUGUACACAAAAUAUGGCUGUGGCAAAUACGCUGAGCUCUGCAACAAGACUGAGAAUAGAGACAACGCCUUGAGGACAAGCUACCGCCGCUCUUGCUGUAACGUUGAUUUGUGCAAUGGCUAA